AGAGGUGACGUCAGCGCUGGGCCCCCUUCCGGCGCGGGGAGCGUCCAGAUCUGGGCCGCUGGGCUGCAGGCCGCCUGCGGCGCUGCGGGAUGUAGCGCGGGCUCCGCGGGCCCCAGCUGAGCCCGUCGCCGGCGCUUACUGUCUGUUUGGGAAAGGAAAAAAAAAGACCUCCUGCUGGGACUGCUUUAGCUGGAGAAGAGCUACAAAGGACAUAAGCUUGUGAUUUUCCGCUUCAGACUCUUAAGCCAGUGACUUGGCAUCAAGUAGGAAAGCCGAGGCCCUGUUACUGCAGUUGGUAAUUUUCAGCAUCGGCCUUUUCCCAGCAGAGGGUAUCAAGAGGAGAAGACAGCUGUGUGCUCUCUUGUCUUUUCUGCUAGACUAGUCAGACCUCCGACCCCUCUCUCUCCCUCUCCUGUCUCUGUGUUGCUACAGUUUAGAAGACCAAAGUGGACAGUGGACUUUUGCUCACUAUGAUGACCUCCACUUGUCUGCCCCCUGGGGCUGAGACACCCAGCCUGUCCCCAAGCUGACGCUGCAGGGUCCUGAGGUACCAGCUAGAUGUCUUCUCACAAAGCACCGGUGGUGGCACAGGGCAAUGGGGCUCCUGCCAGUAACAGGGAGACUGACACGGUGGAGCUGGCGGAACUGGGACCCCUGCUGGAAGAGAAGGGCAAACGCGGGAUCGCUGACCCGGCCAAAGCUGAAGAAGAGCAAGCAUGCCCAGUGCCCCAGGAGGAGGAGGAGGAGGUGAGGGUCCUGACACUCCCCCUGCAAGCACACCAUGCCAUGGAGAAGAUGGAGGAGUUCGUGUAUAAGGUCUGGGAGGGACGCUGGAGGGUCAUCCCGUACGACGUGCUCCCUGACUGGCUGAAAGACAACGAUUACCUGCUCCACGGCCACAGGCCGCCCAUGCCCUCCUUCCGGGCCUGCUUCCGGAGCAUCUUCCGCAUCCACACGGAGACCGGCAACAUCUGGACCCAUCUGCUUGGUUUUGUGCUGUUUCUGUUCCUGGGAAUCUUGACCAUGCUGAGACCAAACAUGUACUUCAUGGCGCCCCUGCAGGAGAAGGUGGUGUUCGGCAUGUUCUUCCUGGGCGCAGUGCUCUGCCUCAGCUUCUCCUGGCUCUUUCACACCGUCUACUGUCACUCAGAGAAAGUCUCUCGGACUUUUUCCAAACUGGACUAUUCAGGGAUUGCCCUGCUGAUUAUGGGGAGCUUUGUCCCAUGGCUCUAUUACUCCUUCUACUGCUCCCCACAGCCACGGCUCAUCUACCUCUCCAUCAUCUGUGUCCUGGGCAUUUCCGCCAUCAUUGUGGCACAGUGGGACCGGUUUGCCACUCCUAAGCACCGGCAGACAAGAGCAGGGGUGUUCCUGGGCCUGGGUCUGAGCGGCGUCGUGCCCACCAUGCACUUUACCAUCGCCGAGGGCUUCGUCAAGGCCACCACCGUGGGCCAGAUGGGCUGGUUCUUCCUCAUGGCUGUGAUGUACAUCACCGGGGCUGGCCUCUAUGCAGCUCGAAUUCCUGAGCGCUUCUUUCCUGGAAAGUUUGACAUAUGGUUCCAGUCGCAUCAGAUUUUUCAUGUCCUGGUGGUGGCAGCAGCCUUCGUCCACUUCUAUGGGGUCUCCAACCUUCAGGAAUUCCGCUACGGCUUGGAAGGCGGCUGUACCGAUGACUCUCUUCUCUGAGCCUCCCACUCGAGGCUGGAGGGGAACUUCCCAAGUGCUUUCAAAAAUAACUUCCUUGCUGAAGUGAAAGGAAGCGUCUGAGUUGUCUGUUUCUAGAAGAAACCUCUUAGAGAAUUCAGUGCCAGCCGGCUUCAGCCCACCUUCCCGCCUCAGGGCGGGGGAUAAGCUUUCCAUGUCCCUCGCCGAGGAGGGGUGACCACUGGCCACGCCCCUCCUCAGCGAGGCAGCUCUGUCCCCUUGGCACAGAGCGUUCUGAAGCUCAUGUUGAGAUUUUAUCCCUCCUCCAACCAUUUUGGGAAAAAAUGAUGGACUGGGACUCUUCAGAAAUUCUAUUUCUGGAAGAAAAUGUCCCUCCCUUACCCCCGUCCUUACUUUGUAACCUGGCUUGGAACAGGCCAUCCAUUUUGUAGCACACUUUUCAGAAACGAUCGUAGCCGGUCCCGUCUCGGGCCUGGAUCUGACGACAGCAGGAAGAAGGCACCAACUUUGAGGCAGCAGCUAAUCAUGGAAGUGUGUCCAGGCUUCAGAUAACUUGAGUUUUAGUUUUUUUCUUGGCAGAGUAAUGUAAAAUUAAAAUGGGGAGAGAUAUUUAAUAUUUAAUACUAAGCUUUAAAAAGAAAUUUGCUAUCAUUGCUGUGUAUCCUGAUGCAAAGGCUAUGAUGAUAAUAAAAGGAAGUGCAGAGGACAA